UAAUGGCUGAUGUUGAAAUGAAAACAUAAUAUCACAAUAAGCUAAAAUGUUUAUGUUCAACACACUUUUCAUUAUUUUUGAAUUUUUUGUGUUAGCAAAUGGACAUUUAUCUAUUCUAAAAAAUGAACAGUAUGUAGAUUUAGCCAGUCCUAAGAAAGUGUCGCUCGGAGUUAGUGAUACUGGCAAUAAGAACAAUUUGUUGCAGUCUGUCCAAAGAUUCAUAAACAGUGAAGUCGAAGAACCAAAUUUCAGAAACAGGAGAGACGCCGAAGACAAUCCAAUGCCUAAGGCCCAUGAGUUCUAUUUGAAUGGCACAGAAAACAGCAAUGAAGCGUUUGUUCAUUGGUCAGGAAAAGAAAAGAGUGAUGCAAUUUUUGUCUUGACCAGGCAGAGGAGUCGCUCAACACAUCAAGUAAUUUCCAGCAAAGUUUGGAGGUCACUAGAUUAUGGUAAUAAUUACACUUUGGUUAGCUUCCCCGCCGGUGCAGUAAUUACCUUCUUUUAUGUGUCCCCUGUUAAUUUUAAGAAGGCUAUAUUUGUGGAUUAUGCUAAUCAAAGCAUAUAUAUUACAACUGAUGAGUUAGCAAACAGGACACAAGUAGCAAUUCCUUUUAAAGCGGAUCUAAUCAAACCUCAUCCUAGAGUAGAAGAUUGGUUAUUAGGCUAUAGUUUUUUUGAUAGAAAGCUGUAUUAUUCUAAAACCUUUGGUAAUGAUUGGAAAUUAUUGGUAGAUGGGAGUGUCUCAUCAAGAUUUUUCUGGAGUGUUCCAGGCUAUGACACAGAUAAUGCUACAGUUCAUUUAGAGUUACAGAGUUCGAUUGGAGAUAGUGCACAUUAUAAGACAUGUCAAUUAGACACAUGUAUGACAAAACCAGCUGAAAUACAGAAGCUGGGAAGUUUUGUUUCUAAUAGUUUAUUAGUUGUGAAAGAAUAUAUAUUUGUAGAGAAACUUGGUGAUGGAAAAAGUGAAAUGUAUGUAUCAUAUAAUCGAGGAGAAUUUAAUAGAGCCUAUUUUCCACCAGAUGUGGCCCCAAAGGAUUUUAUAAUAGUAAAUGCUGAUGAAGGACAAGUAUUUAUUGCUGUAAGUCAUAAGGAUGGUGUAACAUUAUAUCUGUCAGAUACUACUGGUCAGUUUUAUGUCCCAUCACUGACUAAUGUUUUCUUUGCUCCUAUUCCUGGAUUGAUUGCAAUUGAUCUACAUGAGGUAAAAUCUAUGAAAGGUACCUUCCUAGCCAAUCAUAAAGUGGGAAAUAGCUCUAAAAGAAUGGAGAUCAAAACAUCUAUUUCAUUUGACAAGGGAGGUGAAUGGAAGAACAUUGAAACACCACCAAGUGAAAAGAGAAAUUGUGAAAAUGUUAAAGAUUGUUAUUUACAUCUACAUCUUGAUAUGGGCAUUCUACAAGCACCAGGUAUAUUAUCAGAAGCUAAAGCACCAGGUCUUAUAUUAGCACAUGGUAAUGUUGGUAAUAAACUCAGUUCCUUCAAUUCAACAGUCUUUGUUAGUCGUGACGGUGGAUGGACUUGGCAAAAUACUGGACUAGUUGGCUUCUACAGAUUUAAUAUAUUAGAUCAAGGUAGUGUUUUAACAGCCAUCCUGGAAUCAUCAAAUGGAAUGACAAACAUUGUUUCAUUUUCGUAUGAUCAAGGACAUACCUGGCAUUCUAAGACAUUUUUACCAUCUAAUAGAAAGAUACAGGUUGAUGGUGUUUUAAAUGAACCAGAGAUUAACUCUUUAUCUCUGAGUGUUUAUGGUCAUUCCAAUGCAUCUAAUGGUUGGACGUUAGUUACUCUAAAUUUCUCUACAGUUUUGUCUAGAACUUGUAAUAAAUUAGAUUAUGAAGUGUGGAUUCCCAAAGAUGAUGAUCAGGACAAUUGUACUUUAGGUCAAACAUUGCAAUUUGAAAGAAGGAAACAGUUUGCCCAAUGUUCUUAUGGCACAGACUAUGAACAGCCCCUCACACAUAAACUGUGUAAUUGUACAAAUGAAGAUUUUGAAUGUGAUUAUGGAUAUGAGAAUCAGAAUCAGAAUAAUUUUAAAUGUAAAAUGGCCAGUUGGUUUAAUGAGGAUUACUUAAUUGUUGAGUGUACAGAGGGAAAGAAAUAUAACCGCAGUACAGGGUAUAGAAAGGUUGCAUCUGAUAAAUGUCAUGGUGGUAUAUCUGAUAGUGAUAUCUAUCAACCUAUACAAAACAUACCAUGUCCUGUUGUAGCACCGCAUGGUCUUCGUCUACAAACUGAGAAAAAUGUUGUCGCUACAAAUCAACAAACUAACUACGAACUCACACAAAGUGGUGGUUCAGAGCUGUCAACUGUAUAUACAUGGAAUUUCAAUGAUAGUAGUAAUAAAAUAACAAAAACUGGCCUGAUAAACCAUACUCAAAUUACACACACCUAUACGAAACAUGGCUCCUAUAAUAUAACUGUUACAGCUAUAAACAAGAAUGGGUCUACUAGUGCUUAUUUAAUCAUUCGAGUUGAAGAUGAAAUAAAAAAUCUUUAUAUGGAUAUACCGUGGGCAACACAGACAGAUAAAUUAACUGUAUUUGAUGCAAUGGUAUCUAGUUUUAAUAUGGCUAAUCAAGUUGGUCAUACUCAUUUCAUCUGGACUUUUGGAGAUGAGAAUUCCACCAGUCCUUUACUGACAUGGGAUAAAAUGGUGAAUCAUACAUAUACAAAACCAGGAAUUUAUAACUUUGGUGUGGAAGCUAUUAACUCUGUUAGUUCUCUCUACAAACCACUUACUAUACAUGUCUUUGAUUCAGCCAAUACAACAACAGUGAAGCUGUUUUUCUCAGACAGUAUUAAGUAUUUGAAGCAGAAUAUACAGUAUCGAGUUGACUUCUUUGAGUUGUUACGCAGAGAAAUUAUUGAUAAUUUAGGAAUUCAGAAGGACAGAUUCGUUUUACAUAUAGCUAACCAAGAACCAUUCACUGUUGAUGUACUGUUCUUCCCUGGUGGUGACACUGAUCCUACUAUAGAUCAGUUGGCAGAUGAUCUGGUGUCUAGAGCCAAUAAUCAUACAUUGUCGGUUGUAUUAUAUGGUAUUUCAGAUAUAAUAACUAAAGCCACCAGAUUACAUGUGAAGGUAUACAGCUCAAAUUUGGCAGUCUUAAAGAAGUCUUUGUGUAGAUUACGAAUCUGCAAUCAGAUUACAGGUCCAAUACCUGAUUCUACUACCUCUUCAACCAGUGGUCCUAAUCUACGAGCUGUUUAUAUUGCUGUACCAGUACUAAUAGCUGUGGUUAUUGUUACUGUUCUCGUUUUUGUAUUCUACAAGAGGAAGUUCCGUGAUGUAAGACGUUAUACAAUGCUACGUAAUCGUCAUGAUGAAGAUAAUCAUCUGUUGGGAGAUGAUGAUGAUGAUGAUCCUCCACUGGAUUUGAACCCUGAGUUUGGAACAGACAGAAAUUAUCAUGAUGAUCAGUUGGACUUGGGAACAGGAAGUCAUCUUGUGAUGGUAACAGGUGGCAGAGGUUCAGAUGAUGAUUAAUACAUUUACACAUAAUAUUUCUCUCUUUUAUAUAAUGAUCUCAUUUAUUGAUGGAGAUCACUGAACAAUUGUUAAAACUUGUUGAUUCUACAUAAAAUAAAAAUAUAUCAGGGAUGUCAGAUUGUGAGCCUAGGGUCAUAAAACUUUCUAAAAAUUUUCAGACAUAUGUUGCUCAAGGUUAAAGGUUAAACAUACAUAUGGCAAAAUUUUCCUUUCAAAUGUUACGUCAUUAGAGUCAAAAGCGAGUGUAGAAUCAUAGGGUGAGUUAGAAAUAUGUGUAAUUCUUAAAAAGUAGCAGUAUUGUUAAUAAUUAUUUGCAAAAUCAAACAUGUUCCACUUUUGCAAUAGUUAAAACAUACUAUAUUAUUGCCAUCUACAAACUUAUAGAGUCUCCACAAAUCUCAAAUAUAACUUUUGAAAACUAUAAUUCUAAGAUUAUUUAGCACCGAAAAUGAUGUUUCUUUAGAGUAAGUGAAGUUUUCAAGAAAUAAACAAUGUGUAUUAAUCAAGAAUAUUGCCAGAGCUUCAACUGUUAGAAUUUCAAAAUUAAUAUGCAUAUUCAAGUUUUAGUAUAAAACUCUUGCUGAUGAUGACAAAUUAUUCUUGCUUCAUUAGACUCAUUGCCACUUCAAGUAAAGGAAAAGUUUUAUGACCCUGGAAUCUGUAUUAAAGUAUAUCCAGUUACAGCAUCCCCACAUUCUAAAUGCUUGAUUGACAGACCUGUUGUAGAUGUAAUUUAAAAUAAAUAUGUGACAGUAUAGAAAAAAGAUAGAGUGAAGGCAGGUUACAGAGUAGAUUCAAUAAUGUGUACCUAGAGCAUGUUGAAUGUUUUGAGUGCUAUGGUGAGGUUCUAGUUAUAUUUCUGUAGCAGGUACUGGUUAAGAUAUACUGAUUUAAAAAUUGCAUUAUACCCUGAAUUUUAAAAAUUAACAUAUGUAUUAUAUAUACUCUACUUCUUAAUCUUUAUGGGUGUGUACAUGUAUGGUUUAUUUUUUUAAAAAUGCAGUUCUGUCUUCAGAGGACCUACUCAUCGAAAAGUCAAAUUCUAUAUUUAUGUCUGGAUUUGUGCAAGUUUGUGCUAUUAUUAACCCCUCUGGGUACUUGAUCAGGAAUGCAAAAAUUUUGUCACCCAAUUAUUGCCUGUUGCCAUGGUAACGGGCAACGUCCACUUUUUGUGGCACCUUUUUUGUGGAAUAUUUUGUGCCCCUUGAAAUUCAAAUGAUCGAAAAUCUGUAUGGAAUCAAAUUUUCAAACUUCGCCGACAUAUAGUAAUUUUAAAAUUAGAAUGCUAAAACUCUUUCAUUGUAUACAACACAUAGCACUGAUUACAUAUGCCAAAUUUCAGGAAAAUCUGUUUAAAGGAGAAAAAACUCUUUGGAUCAAAAUAAACUGUAGAAUUUUGUAGAUCUAAUCCGGAAAUUUGAUCAGUGAAAGAGUAAACUCACUUCAAUUAAAUUUUCUUUCGGCAGAUAAUUUUAAUGUUGAGAUAGAACUGUUUAUGUUAUAGGGUCAACAGUUUAAGUCAAAAACCAAACUAAAAUUAGUAAUAAACAACUUUCGCUUAAUAUUUUGAAACAAAAAUUUGAUUUGAUCAUGUCUGACCACUAAUUGAAAUAGCAGAUGGGAUGAACCCAAUUCAACACUAAAAUGAAAGAGGCUUGAUAUGUUUUAUAAAUAUUUGCAUUUACAUGUGUUGAAAAUAUAUAAUAUUUCAAUUUUUUCACUGCAGUACUACGCAAAAUCAUUUGUGAUCAUUGAAUAAAAUAUAAAGUAAAUAAACCACUCUUUUAGAUGUCAUUAAUUGUAGCGUACGUGUAUUUUCCAAAUAUCUGUGAUAUAAACCAACCCAUAAAUCUCGUAUUUUCUUAGUUAAUGUACUAUAUUAUAAAAUGAUGCUAUAUGUAUACAUGUUACACCUACAUGUACUUACAUAACUUUAUACUAUGUCUAUAUCUUAUUGAUAUAUAUUUGUUACAAGUUGUUGAUAUGUGUAAAUGCAGAUAAGAUAAUAAAUCAGAUAAUAUGGUUUAUUUACAAUAUGUAAUAUGUUAACAUUAUCUUUUAUUGACUUGCCAUAUGAUGUAUAUAAUAAAUAUCUUAUACCACAAUUAAAUUAAUAUACAAUGUUAAAAAGUAAUGAAAGUUACAUGUAAUGAUUUUAAACACUUGAAAGUAUUAGGGUCUGUGCCCAAAAUGUUGUAUUAAAUGACAUUACUUUUCAAGCACUUAAGUAUUUUUAUUCUUUACAUGAAAGUUUUAUGUCUCGAUAAUUUUGACUAAGAUUGAGUUUGUCCAGUAUGACGCUAAAAUACGUAAUUUUUAAUUAACAUUAUUCAAUAUAAAACAUAAUAAUUAUGGUAUGUUAUUGCUUAUCAUAUUUGUUACACUAUUAAAGUAAAUGUAAUAUAUUAUGAUAUAAAAUUCUAUUAUUCUAGUUUGAUUCUAACUUCUAAAUUGAAACAUUAAUAAUAUUGAAUGGGUCUUUUUUUUUCUUUCUUUUUUUAUUGUAGAUAAUCUUUGAAAGGGACAGUGUAUAUUUUCAUUUGAUCUGAUUGAUAGUUGAUAUAGUUAACCCUACUUUCACUUUGGGCUCAAUGAAAUUAAAAACAUUUUGAUUUUUACAUAACAUUAGGGCUUAAGUCUCUAAUAUGUAAAGAUAAAUUUUUAAAGUCAUCAUAAAAACUGUAUCCACAGGUUCAAAUUUGGUUGUUCUGCAGUCUGGUUAAAAUAUAGGCCUUAUUGUAAUUUGGGUUCUCAUAUUUGUUUCAUAAUGUCUAUUGCCUCUCUAAGGGCUAAGGAUGUAUAUUAUGUUUAGCAGUGGUAGAUCACACCUAAUGGUUUAGUAGAUCAGUAUACCAGGGAAAUUAUCUAGCAGAUAUAUGCAUGUACAUGUAUAAUUAUAAUGUUUAGUGAGAUUAUACCAUGAAAUAAACAUCUAUAAUGGUCAGUGAGAUUAUACAUGUACCAUGAAAUAUACAUGCAACAGGCAGUUAUAUUAUAUACAUGUAUAAUGGGCAGUCAGAUUAUACCAUGGAUAUAUCUAACAUGUAUAAUCUUAACUUAAAGCAUGAAAAUACAUGAAAUAUACAUGAUCUUUUAGGUUAAUACUGCCUUAUAAAAAGAAACAAAUAAUUGAUACUGGUAUAUAUUUUAAUCAGACUGAAAAAGCUAACAUAAUAUCUAUAACAUUCCAAUUUUAAUGUUUGUCUUAGCUUAUUUAUUACACAUCUAUCAUGUAUUUUGUUUAUAUAUAAUUGAUAUUAAAAUUAUGUAUUGCUUAAAGUUACUCAUUAUAUAUCUACAUGCUAUUUACUGUGCUAAAUAGAACAUUUAUAGUAAAAAUUAUCAAUUCUUCUGUCAAAUUCUAUAAUUUAAAAUGACAUACAUAAUUUUUUUCUAGUACAAAGAAGUACCUAUAAAAACACUUUCAAAUAUGUGGAUUAAUUAUUGAUUCUGUUAUAACUUACACAGUUGAGUUUUCCUAAAACUAUGGUUAACAUAUGUGACCGCGUAAAUCAAAAUGAGUCGGAAUGCACAAAAUAUAAUUUUUGACUAGAGAUAAAAUAAGUGAAAAUAUUGAUUUUGAUCAAAAUUGAGAUUUUCACAAAAAUGACUCUAUAAAUAUAAUAUCUAUCGGCACAAAAGAUCAAAAUAGCAAUAAAAGAUUUUAAAACACCUUUAUUUGAACGUUUUGUAAGAGUACCGGAUUUUUAAAUCUGUCCUAUUUCUUAAAAUUCUCGGCAAAAUUAGUUAUUUUUCUUCGUUCACACCGGGACAACCGGUCAUUCCUCUUGCAUAAUAAUUGGCAUUGUUGUAAAGCAGAGAAUCUUUAGUUUACAAAUAUGAUCAAAGUAUUGCCGAUGAAUUGAUUUUGGACGGAUACAGUUGAGUUUUAAAACACCUAAAAAAUGUAAACAAACUCCGCUUGUUGCUAUGCUGUCUACACAACUCGUUUGCUGAUUAGCCCAGACACGUAUGGUUAGGUGGCUAGCUCGAGCGGGCGAUAAAUAUUUGGUUUUGGCGAUAAUGUUUUUGGGUACCUACAUGCAAUUCACGCUGAUAAGUGGCAGAAAAAAAUUAAUUCUGAUCGUAUAUAGAUUGCCGUAGAGUGUUAAUUAAAACCACGUGGCUGAUUAUGUAAAUUAAUCGACAAGCGGGUGUGUGUCAUUAAGUAAUACUAAUCAACUGUCACAGGUCAAUGAUAAAGCCGUCGAUAACUCAUUAUUUACUCCGAAUAAUUAAUCCAAGCGGUGAUUGUUUGAUAUCUCAUAUCAUCUUUAAAAAAAUAAUUUGUAGGCCUUAAAUAGAAAUAAACAAAAUAACCAAUAAUUUUCUUUUCGAAGAGAAUUUUAUUGAUAGCUGAAUUUCGUUUACUGUCCCUUCUUCAUACGGCAUGCAAAGUAAGGAAUGCAUCUUGGAAAUUAUUAUUUAAAAUUCUCGUAUCACCUUGGGUCUAAAUAAUGAGAACGACCAACGAGCCGAAAUGCGACGAUUCUCAAGUCUGCCAUUGUUUAAUUACAUCAUAGCUAAAAUGCACGAAAGUGAACGUAAGCAUUUCUUGACUUUGAAAUUGACAUUUCUAUAGGGACUCAUAUUUUGAUAACGUUACGGUACCUGAAAGUAAUAAUAGACCUAUCGUACACGCAAAAUAUUAUUUUAAUUCACAUGUUAAAUUAACACGCGUACAGCUGUGGUGGCUUCUUUGAUGAUAAUACAAUCAACAAUUUUAAUUUCAUGACCAAUAGCUGGCACUAAGGUGCUCAUUAAUUGAUGAGAUUAACUGUUAAUCUCACCAAAGUUAUAAUAUACAAAACAGACUACUAAUGUAUAGAUUAUUUGUCAAUAAUGUGAAUAUCCCGGAUGUGUUGUGGAUGUUUCGUUACGAAAGGAGUGCAUUUAGUACGUUUUUUGUCGUCAGCACCCUUGAAAUCCUAAAUAAAAUAGCAAAUAAAUGGCGGAAAUCGUUGGAUCAAAUUUUUACUACACUUUUCAACUUCAGCACCCCUGAAAACCCAUGGAAAGAUAUAUUCAAAUAAAUGUCCUGGUUGCUAUGGGAUUUUCUUUUAGAACAUACCAAAUCUUUAACUUGCUUUUUCUUAAAACUUACUUUUGUGAGUUGGGUAGCUUCAAAUGGACACAGUUCAGUCAAUUUUUGCCCAAUUCAAUCAAACUAUACAUCAAAUUGAAGGUAAUGAGUUGGAGAAUAUGAAAAUAACCAUAACUCAAUUUUCACAAUAUCCUCAUUGCGACUCAGUAUGCCAUGGGGGGGGGGGGGUCACGUAUGAUUUCUGAUAAAAAAGGAGGAAGAUUAAAUUUCUUGGAAACUACAUUUUAUUUGUGCAUCACAUUAAGGAUAUUUUUUAUCAUGAAUCUUCUAUUGUAUAUAUGUUAAAUGCUCUUUUUUUUCCCAUUUUAUAACAACAAUAUUAUAUAAAACAUGUUUACUGGUAUAUUUGGUUUUAGUGAAUUAUUACCGAUUUUGUUGUUAUGGUAAUAAGGUUGUAAAUAAAACAGUUAAUCUUUUUACAAAUAAUGUAUGAAGCUUCUGCUUAAUUUUGUUAUUAUUAUUAUUAUCAUUGUUUAUUUUUAUGCUUGUUUUCCAAAAAACAUAAAUGAUAACUAAUUAUGUAGGUAUUAUCAAUGUUCUUGGUAUUUCUGAUACCUACUUUUGCUUAAUAUAUGAAAAAACUAAUCAAAAAUAUUUUUAUGUUUAGAAGUUAAUUAGGUUUGAGAAAAUUUGGACUGUUAUCAUAAUACCAACUAAAUAUUAGUUUUGAAUAAAUCAUCAAAUAAAACACAAUAUAAAGGGCAUUAUUACUUGAAUAUAUGAUUUAAAAUCUUAUAUUAAAGAUACAUUAUGGGAGAUUAGAUAACGAGUUGGCAGUUCUCACUAUAAUAGUUAAAAACUAGAUAAUGUAAAGUCAAUUUGCUGAAAAUUUCAUUCAAAUUAUCCACUAUGAACCGAUAAUUAAGCGAUUGAAAUUUCCGCCUAGCCUCGAUCAUCAUUACUAAAGUCAGUAUGAUAAACAACAUAGUCUCGAUUUUCCACUUAAUCAUUAAAUCGUGAAGGAAAGUUACUCAUUAAAUCGGCUCAUAAUCCACUAACGAUCGCAGGCUAGCGAUGCCAUCAAGAGGAGAUUAUGGUCUGGAUAGGUUAAUUAAUGUCUAAUUAAUACGUUAGAUAACAUUUCAGGCCUAAAGAAAGAUCUGCAAUAGACAGAUUUAUCUCUUGCAUAAUGUAUUUUAAAUUCAGAUUUCAAAUUGUCCUAGAUAAUAAAUUUUAAAAUCACUUUAGAAUCUAUACAUACAUGCAGAUCCAUUGAAAUAAAUAGUAUAAUUUUUUAAAAUAUACAAUAUUGGUAAUCAACCAGGUAAAUGGCUGCUUUAAAUUUAAUUAGACAAAUAGUGGAUUAAAUUUUAACAGCAUCAUUAUUCUUGAACAUAGCCAUUGAAUGUUUUUUGAUUUAAUCAAGAUAAGCCCAUGUUAAAUUUAAUGUUUAUAUUAUUUGCUGUCUAUAUUUGCUCCUUAUUAUUGUCCCCCACCUUUCGAAGAAAGCAGGGGACUAUUAAAAUUGGUCUGUCCGUUCUUCACACUUUUUGGGACACAAUAAUUCUCCUUGUACUUGAGCUAGAAUGUUCAAACUUGGUGUAGGUGUUUAUUGUGUGAAUGCCUUGAUGGAGUUUGAAGAUGAGCAUUUUCUGCUAAUGGUAAGCAAAGAUAAGCAAUUUGAUUGGUUGAUGCUUUAGGACACAAUAACUUUAGUUCCAAUUAAGUGAGAGUGAUGAAACUUGGUGUAUAGUUUCAUUACCCCAAUACCUUGACUAAGUUUGAUAAUGAGCAUCUUCUGCUCAGGGUAAUCAAAGAAAUAAGCUAUUUGAUUGGUCAAGUCUUGAAACACAAUAACUUGCCUUCUAAUUAAUGUAGAUGUAGAAUUUUCAAACUUGAUGUUAGGUGUUCAUUAGGUGAAUGCCUUGAUGGAGUUUGAAGAUGAGUGUUUUCUGCUUAGUUUAAGCAUAGAUAAGCAAUUUGACUGGUUGAUGCUUUGGGACACGAUAACUUUGGUUCUAAUUAAGUGAGAGUGAUGAUACUAGGUGUUAGUUUCAUGACAUCAAUACCUUGACUAAGUUUGAUAAUGAACAUUUUCUGCUAAGGGUAAGCAGGCAAUAAGCAAUUUGAUUAGUCGAGACUUAAAAGCUGAAUAACUUUGAUUCUAAGUGAGUGAUAGUGGUGAAACUUCGUGUAUAGUUUCAUUACAUCAGUCCCUUUAAAAAGGUUGAUACUGAGCAUUUUCUGCUUGGGCGAAGUAUAGACCUCAAUCUGAUUGGUCAAGAUUUUGGAACACAAUAACUCUCCCUCUAAUCGAAGUAAAAUGUUCAAACUUUGUGUAGUUGUCUAUUAGGUGAAUGCCUUGACAGAGUUUGAUCAUGCACAUUUUCCACUAAGGCUAAGCAGAGAUAAGCAAUUUGAUUGGUUGAGACUUAGGAUCGCGAUAACUUUGGUUUUAAAUUGGUGAGAGAGAUAAAAUUCUGAAUAUAGAUUCUCUAUAUCAAUACUUUGACUAAGUUCGGUGAUGUAAAUUUUCUGCUUAGGCUAAGUAGAGAUAAGCAAUUUGAUUUGUCAAGCCUUUGGAAGAUAACAACUCUGCUUUUAACUGUGGUAGAAUGUUUAAACUUGAUGUAGAUGUUCAUUAGGUAAUGUCUUGACUAAGUUCAAUGAUUAACAUUUCCCACUAAAGCUAAGCAGAGCUACGCAAUUUCAUUGGUCGAUGCUUUGGGACACAAUAACUUUGAUUCUAUCCUUGGCGGAGUUUGAUCAUGAACAUUUUAUGCUUAGACUAGAUAAUCAGUAUAGAUAAUCAGUGUGAUUGCUUCAUACUUUUGAAAAAGAUAAAUUAAUCAAUAGGUGUCAUCUAUUUAUUUUGAGAUUUCGGUGUGGGACAUCAAUGUUGGCUUGUUAAUUACAGUAAUGUUAUCAAUUUAUAAUUUUAUGUACUCCAGCCAAAUCACUAAAGCAUGUGCAUGGCUCUUAUUUUGGAAACAACAUUAUUUGCAUUUUUGAAAAGAACAUAUACACAUGCAGCCUGUGAACAAAUGUAUCACCAUAAGUAUUUACUAUGCUCAUUUAAAUCUAUGUAUAUAAAAUUAUGAAUAAUAAAUGAUGUUAUUGUAAUUUACAUAUCAUAUUUUUAUGUCUUUCAACUAUGUUUUGAAGUAAUUGUUAGUUUUAUGUACUCUAACCUUCUUAGCAUUAUUAUAUGUGUAGUUAAAAUACAUAGCCUAUUAUACGCUUCAUUUUUUAAAAAGUUAAUAAAACAGAAAAUGGGU